GCCCACUACCAGUCGCCUGCGAUUUCCCAUUUUUCCUUCAACUUGAAUGACAACCUCGGAUUCACCAUCAUCCACAGCUGCUCAAGUUCGGGGACCAUUUUGUUUCCUGAAAAGCAAGUAUACUGACAUCUGAUACUUGAAGCUUAGGUUCUGCUACCCUUUUGCAAGCUAUCCCUCGAACGAUCCAAGAACUCUGCUUCCGCGUGCAAUAGAUGCCGAGUGGAUGAUAAAGCAUCGGCGAUCAGCCAUCUCGGUCCAUUUGCCAGCGUGGUCCAACCGGCCCCUAUUGUAUUAUCCGUUUGGGAGCCUUGGCUGAUCGACGUGGUGGUGCAUACACGAAGUGGCUUGCUGGUGGGAUCUUUUCCGGCUCUACAACUACAAGUUGGACUACUCUUAUCCCACAGCUCACUUUGCUGCUGCUGCUGCCGCUGCCACCGAUGUCCGAAGCACAACCUAGAGGACCAUGCAUGAACGGGUUCGGGAGGCUUGGUAGCCACCAGGCUGAGGCCCAAUCACUGACCUGAUACGAUACUUUUAGCAGCAGAUCUACCCGCGCUUCCUCGUUUUAGGACGAUGUGUGAGGCCACCAAUGCUAGGUAGGAACAUCGCCCACUUGGGGGGACGCUUCUAUACGAGGUCAUGUUUCCGGUUCCAGAGAAUGCCUCUCCCAGUGGCUGGAGUGUGAAACAAACAGACAUAUGGUUAUCAACGAAAUCAAAGCCGCUGUGCUGCUUGCGCUCGUCAAUACUACUGUUCUCGGUGCGAAAGACAUCUGCUACAAACCUGACGGUGCAGAGACACGUUCGACUACUUACACGCCCUGCUUAAGCACUGGAAAUGCAACGCAUUGUUGUGAUCGAGGCCAGACUUGCCUGCAGAACGGUCCGUGUCUAGCAAAAACAAACACCUCUCUCACUACCGGGCUAUGUACGGACAGUACGUGGGGCGAUAAAGCAUGCUUCCCGUAUUGCUUGAAGCCCCGGCGCAUUCAUUAUAUCAGCACUGUCUAUCGGUGCAGCAACGAUUAUUGGUGCUGCUCGGAUGGCGCAAACAACACAUCUUGCUGCGAGGACGAUGGCGUCAACAAGUUCAGAAUACCGGAGGAUGCCCAGGUACAGAACGGUUCCGCCUUCAGGAAUGGGUAUAGCAUUGCGCCUGUAAAGAACAUCGUCACUGCUGGCAAGACUGCGACGCCCUCCCCUCGCUCUCAACCCUGACAUUUACAACCGACGUCGACGGUUCCCCCAUCACCCUUACCGCUACGACAACCAGUGAUCCAAACAACAUGUCAAUGUCGUCUUCAGACGACUCUAGCAAAGCAACGACAGCUGGGCUAGGGGCAGGACUCGGCGUCGGUAUUCCUCUUCUUGGAGUUAUUGGCAUAUUUUCUUUCCUUCCGUUCCGGGAGAAAAAGCGUCACCGAGCAGCAGUGAAGAGUAUGGUUGCUCAUGGGUCUUACCACGAGAACCUACCAUUGUAUGCAGCGGCUACCAGUCCAAUACAGAAGACGCCAUUUCCAUCUGGGCAGGAGCACCGAAGCACAACCAAGUCCCCAUAUGCAGUCCCAAGCGAAAGUGCCAUGGUGGCUUCCAUGACCUCGACGCCGCGUAUCGAGGCGGAUUCCUAAGAAAAACGCCACCCUCGCCCAGAACUACCUGGCUGAUGGAUUCAGUCACCCAGAAAGUGAAGCAUGGCCGCCCGUGGAGGACACUGGCAAUUUCACAGCGACUUGGCGGUGUCACCCGGUCGACUGAAGUGCAUUCAAGUACAGAAUGCUUAGAGCAUGGAGAGCUUGUCGCGACAUCCGUUGCUAAACCGUCUUCAAUGUCGCGCAGAAUCUAUGGCAACUCGAUAUGCGACUUCACUACACGACUUCUCCUGUGUCGGAUUGUGUCACGGCAUCGAGUAUAGCCCUCAGCCAUGACACCCAUGAAACGAAUAUGGCUGCUACGUUUGGCCAUCCUCAUACCGCAUAUCUGCACAGGAGGGAUACUUCGAAUUUAAGAUGCGAUGAUCGACAUUACCAGGACGGUUUGGGGACAGAUAACCCGACCUCGUCGGGAUGUUGUUUCAGCAGGCCUUAUGAUUUACAGUAAACUGUGUCUUGUCGGCCUGUUCUUCACCUUUUUUGUCAAUUGCUGGUGCAGAUGCCAAACGCAAGUAGAUCUGCGUCAUUCGGUUGUUGGAAGGCUGCGGUUGAAGAUGUCACACGUGUGCAGAAAUGUGUGAGAUGGAUGUGAGGAUAUUUAGUGAUAUAUAGGAGACAAGUCCGUGUAGACAAACAAACGGAAUCGAGUGGGGCGUACGUUAUAGGACGUGUUUCUGGUUGGCAGGCCAAGGAUAUCCUCAAGUUCAGUUGAUAUGCGUUAGACUUUACUUGCCAUGAUAGGUAGACAGGGUUACUGCAAUCUUGCGCUCGACAUGAUACAAGCGUAUCGGGAGCGACGUGAAGCGUAGAAUGUGCGCAUAUUAGUUUCCGGAUUCAUUGAUUCAACAC